CCACUGUCUUCCGGCAAGCUACAGGAAACAAACACUGCGGCUGCACCGAGGAAUCCCUUACUCGGAGCCGGGAACCCAGAGCGGCGAAGCGCAGCUUGAACUCCCCAGCACCUGCCCCCUCACUGCCCGGCGGUCACCGCUGAGCCGAACCGAGCCGAGACUAGCGGAGCUGCCAGGGAAGGAAGUGGGCGGACCAUGGCCGAGACCGGUCCUUCUCAGGCCCCAGAGUGGAAGGCGGACGCCCCCUUCCAGGCCUCGAAGCACUCCCCGUGGCCCCUGGCGACGGCGAUGAAAGCGAUGGAGAAGACCCUCAAUAGUCAAGCCAGCCGUCUGAAGUCCCUGGAAGGGCGGGCAGGAGCCGUGGAGAAGAAGCUGAGCGACUGUGAGAAAUCGGCCGCGGAGUUCGGGAACCGGCUGGACAGCAAGCGGGCCGCGCUGGAGUCGGUGGUCCAAGAGUAUGGGCAGCUCCAGAGAAGGCUGGAGAACAUGGAGAACCUGCUGCGGAACCGCAACUUCUGGAUCCUGCGCCUGCCGCCCGGCCGCCGAGGGGAAGUCCCCCAGAUUAGUGAUCCAAGAAUCAAAGGAUAGGAAGAUCCAAGUAAACUUUGGAUGGAAACCGCCAUCUGCAUCGAGAGAGAAGUAUGAAGGCUGAAUGUAAAUCAACACGCGCUAUGUUCACUUUUUUCUUUUUUUUUUCUUUUGUGGUUUUUCCCUUUUAUUCUGAUUUCUCUCUCCCAACAUGAUUCAUGAAGAAAUGUUUUUGUUUUUAAAUGAAUGUACAUGUAUAACCAAAAAAAAAAAAAAAAAAGAAAUAAAGCAAUAACUUUUUUUAAAGGAUAGAAA